UUUUUUUUUUUCCUGCAUUCUACUUUUGUCCUUUUUAUUAUGCGUGUCUCCUUCUUCUUUUUACUAUUACUUUUUUGUAUCAUCACUUUAGGAACUGCAUCACUCUCUUUGCCAAAUCAUUUUACUACAAUGAAAUCAACAACGAAACCAAAAUCUAUCUUAGUGAAACCGAUAUCGACCAUAUCAUACUUCUAUUAUAUGAGUCAAUCAUUAUAUCGUCAACAAGAUAUUUUUAUUAAUAAACAAGAUACAAGUAGGAUCAUCAAAAAGGAAACCAACAACAAUACAAGUAGCAACUCAUUAGAUGGAAAUCGUCAUAAUGGACCAGUCACUGCUUUUAUUUUAGUUCUAUUUUUUUGUAUAUUGACAUUUUAGAAAUUGUUCUCUCUUUUCAUUAUUUUUUUAUAUUCUUAUUUUUAGAACAUCCCUCCCCCCCCAAUAUUUGUUACUUAUACCCCCCCCCAAAAAAGAAAAACUUUAAUCAUUACAAUAUUAUAUAUUCUACAUUAUAUAUUAGUUAGUUUUUUUAUAACAUCAUUCAGCUUAUUCCUAUUAUCUGUUCGUAUUCCCCCAUAACUUACUAGAAAAUAAAGUGUAUCUCUUGUAUAUCACCUUAUCUUUGAUUUGACAUACC